CCACGAGUACCCAACGGCCAGGAAACCCACGGGGAUGAGUCCGACAGGAGUCAAGAGCAGCACUCUCAGCCAGAGUCACGCAACGAGGAAAACUCCAGAUCAGACCCAAGUAACAGACAGGCGGUUGGGAAGGACCAGAAGAGCACAGACACGUCUGGCCAUGGGAGCAGUGUGGAGAAGCAGAAUGUUGGCCAGGGUGGCCAAGGCAGUGAUACGAGUUACCAAACCAACAGACAAGGCGAUGGUGCUGGUAACCAGCCCAACAGCCAGAACAGCAGCUCCAACAACCUAGGCAGUGGCAGCCAGAGCCAGGACGGCGGUCGCCAGAACACUGACAAGCAGCAGGUGAACAACCAGGACAGCAAUGGCACCAAGGACAGUCAGAAAGAGAAGAAGCAGGACAGCAGUGACGAGAACAAGGAGAACAAGCAGGAGAGCAGCACCGAUAACGACAGGCAGGGGAACAAGCAGGAGAGCAGCACCGAUAACAACAGGCAGGGGAACAAGCAGGAGAGCAGCACCGAUAACAACAGGCAGGGGAACAAGCAGGAGAGCAGCACCGAUAACAACAGGCAGGGGAACAAGCAGGAGAGCAGCACCGAUAACGACAGGCAGGGGAACAAGCAGGAGAGCAGCACCGAUAACAGGCAGGAGAGCAGCAACAAUAACGAGAGCAGCGAUGACACAAACCGCAGCGAGAACCAGGACGCUAAUGACAGGAACCAAGCCGACCACCAAGAGCGGAACACCGAGAAGCAGGACCACAACGUUGAGCACGAGGGCAAGAACCAGGGCAAUCAAGUGGGAGAUAAAUCAAUCUCCUCUACUGGUGGGGACAACGGCUUUUCAGUGGGUCAGGGAAGCCCCGGAGAGGAAGCGAAUGGGGCUGAAGGCGGCAGCGAUGCCUCCCCCGGUAAUAAGGAGGGAGAGAAGAGCGUUCCUUCUCCCCCCAGGGACCAGUCGGAGAGCAGCCACUUCUUCGCCUACCUGGUGACCACCGCGGUUAUCAUUGCCGCCCUCUACGUUGCCUAUCACAACAAACGCAAGAUCAUUGCUUUUGCUCUGGAAGGAAAAAGAUCAAAAAGUGGUCGACGGCCCAAAUCUGGUGAUUACCAGCGACUGGAUCAGAAGCCAUGCCUGGCUGAGGAAGCUGAGUGCCACCGAGACAAUCUGCCCGCUUGA